UCCAACGUUCUUUACGUGAAUCUCUGUAAAUUUAACCCCUUAGAUAAAUCCCUGCUUAAAACCCCACGAGCAUUCCCACAGUCACAGUUAGUCGAUCUCCAACAAACCUCCAUGGCCCUCAUGGUUUCCCUCUGCUGCUACAUUCUCUUCACCCUCCUCUCUUACUCUGCUCACUCCCGCAGCGUACCCACCACUACCUCCAAAACCACCGUGCUCGACGUCGCCGCUUCCAUCCAGGACACCCUAAACGCCGUGUCGUCUCAGUACAGUGGAGCCACUCAGUCACUGACCCAACAACACCAAACCCUCUCAGUUUCAUCCUCACUCUCUCUUCCACUACAUUCCCGAGUUUCACUCCAACAGCAUUCUCACCCGGACUACAAGUCGCUUCUUGCAGCUCGACUCGCUCGCGACUCGGCCCGAGUCAGAUCUCUCUCCACCCGGUUAGAUCUCGCGGUCAGAGGCAUUGCCACGUCGGAUCUCAAACCCGUUGAUGAGAAUUUCGGUACCCACGAGUUUGAGGGCCCCGUUGUCUCCGGGACGAGCCAAGGCAGCGGCGAGUACUUCUCCCGGGUCGGGAUCGGCAAACCGCCCAGCCAGGUCUACGUGGUGCUCGACACCGGCAGUGACGUCAGCUGGGUCCAGUGCGCCCCGUGCGCUGACUGUUACCAGCAAGCCGACCCGAUUUUCGAGCCGGCUGCCUCGGCUUCAUACGCGCCGCUGUCGUGUGAGUCCACUCGGUGCGAGUCCCUCGACGUGUUUGAAUGCCGCAACAACACGUGCCUCUACGAAGUCGCCUACGGCGACGGCUCCUACACUGUCGGCGACUUCGUGACGGAAACAAUCAGCAUCGGCGGGGAGUCCGUGAAGGACGUCGCCAUCGGAUGCGGGCACACCAAUGAGGGGCUGUUCGUCGGCGCGGCUGGCUUGCUCGGGCUCGGUGGCGGGACGUUGUCCUUUCCUUCCCAGCUCAACGCCACGUCGUUUUCCUACUGUCUCGUGAACCGUGACUCUGACUCGGCCUCGACUCUCGAGUUCAACUCGGCAAUCCCCCACAAUACCGUCACGGCUCCGUUACGGCGCAACCCCCAGCUCGACACAUUCUACUACGUCGGACUGACCGGAAUCAGCGUCAGCGGCGAGCUGAUCAAGACUCCCAACACGGCGUUCAAGAUAGACGAGAACGGCAACGGCGGAAUCAUCAUCGACUCAGGGACGGCGGUGACGAGGCUGCAGGCGGAGACCUACGACGCGCUCCGCAGCGCGUUCGUGAACGGCACGCAGGGGUUGCAGUCGACGAGCGGCGUGGCUCUGUUCGACGCGUGCUACGACUUGGCGUCAAUGAAGACGGUGGACGUGCCGGCGGUGUCGUUUCACUUCGAGGACGGGAAAGAGCUGGCGUUGCCGGCGAAGAACUACCUGAUUCCGGUGGACUCGCAGGGGACGUUCUGCUUCGCGUUCGCGCCGACGAGCGCGGGUAUGUCGAUAAUAGGGAACGUGCAGCAGCAAGGGACACGUGUUAGUUUCGACACAGCGAACUCGGUGGUUGGAUUCUCUGCGGACCAAUGCUAGGUUGUUUACGUGGGGUUUGGACUUUUGGCCACUUUGUUCUUCCUGGUUGUUUUUUU